UCUCUCUCUCUCUCGCUCUCUCUCCGUCUCUGAAAAAAAUGACGGCGAGACCUGAAGGAAGUCCGCCGGAGGUUACACUGGAGACCUCCAUGGGUCCCUUCGCCGCCGAGAUGUAUUACAAACACUCGAACUUCGUGGAGCUGUCACGGAGAGGCUACUAUGACAACGUUCUCUUUCACAGAAUCAUCAAGGACUUCAUAGUGCAAGGUGGUGAUCCCACUGGAACUGGAAGAGGUGGUCAGUCCAUUUAUGGUUCCAAGUUUGAGGACGAGAUAAAGCCAGAGUUGAAGCACACAGGAGCUGGGAUUUUGUCAAUGGCAAACGCUGGUCCUAACACUAAUGGGAGUCAGUUCUUCAUCACUUUAGCACCCCCCUCACCCUCCUUGGAUGGAAAGCACACGAUAUUUGGCAGAGUUUGCCGUGGUAUGGAGGUGAUCAAGAGGCUCGGUAGUGUCCAAACCGAUAACACCGACAGACCAAUCCAUGAAGUGAAGAUUCUGAGGACCAAAGUGAUUGAUUAGUAAACCAUGAUGAAGAACUAUAACUAUGUACUGGUCCUUGUUACUACUAUGGAUUUGUUUUUGA